AUAGGAGUGGUAAGAUGGCGGCCAGACGGCUUCACUUCAUCAACAGCUCUUCAGAUUUUACCUAGAGCUCAGUGUGUGGGCCUUUCCUGUCUUGGAGAUGUUUUUGUGUGUUUACAAACAAUGACAUGCUUUUUAUUACUAGCAUGGGACUGUGUAAGAUCGAAUGGAAAUGUAACAAAACAAAGUAAUUUAAGUAUAUGUGUAAGUAUCUACAACAAACUGUGAAUGGGAGCAUGUUUUGUUGACAUGCUAGCCUUUGUGUUGGUGUGUGGCCCUUGAAGGAGGAUUUCGGGGAUCAUUAACAGUGUUCCUCUGCUGGAUAAAACCGCGAUUAGUGCUGCAGUGUAUUUAUUUAAUUUUUUUUUAAUAUUCUGUUGUGUUGGAGUGUGUUUUAAGUGAAGCUUUUGUGCACAUCCUGAUUGUUUGGGCAUCUUUGCAGUGAAAGAGCUGUUAGCUUCAGCUAGCGCCUCUGAGUUGUAGAAGGAAAAUGUCAGAUUUUGACGAAUUCGAGAGACAGCUAACCGAGAACAAGCAAGCUGCAAGGAAACACGGGCCCAAUUGUAAAAAAAAAAAAAAAAAAAUCAUUGGGCACCCUGCUUCUGCUUUGACAGCUGACAGAGAUAAAGAGAACAAGCACCACAAGAGGAGCAGCUCCAGGAGCCGGAGCCGAGAGAGGGACCGGAAACGAAGAAGCAGGGACCGAGACAGCCGAGACCACCAUGGGGACAGCAAGGACCGCAGACACAGACGGAGUUGGUCUCCACACCGUGAGAAAAAGAAGACCAAAUUGAAAAAGUACUGGGAUGUUCCUCCUAUUGGCUUCGAACACAUUACACCCAUGCAGUACAAAGCCAUGCAAGCUGCCGGCCAAAUUCCUGCCACUGCCCUGCUCCCUACAAUGACCCCUGAGAGUCUGGCUGUGGCUGUGACUCCGACUCCUGUACCAGUUGUGGGCAGCCAGAUGACGCGUCAGGCUCGACGGCUGUAUGUAGGCAAUAUCCCUUUCGGCAUCACCGAGGAGUCCAUGAUGGACUUCUUUAAUGCCCAGAUGCGAUUGGGUGGCCUGACUCAGGCUCCUGGAAACCCAAUUCUUGCUGUGCAAAUCAACCAGGACAAGAACUUCGCUUUCUUAGAGUUCCGUUCGGUGGAUGAGACAACGCAGGCCAUGGCGUUUGAUGGCAUCAUCUUCCAGGGACAGAGUCUGAAAAUCCGCCGACCGCACGACUAUCAGCCGCUGCCAGGCAUGAGCGAGAACCCAAGUGUUUAUGUUCCAGGUGUCGUUUCCACUGUGGUGCCCGACUCGGCUCAUAAACUCUUCAUCGGUGGGCUUCCUAAUUAUCUCAACGACGACCAGGUGAAGGAGUUGUUGACUUCGUUCGGCCCUCUGAAAGCCUUUAACCUGGUGAAGGACAGCGCCACUGGUCUGUCGAAAGGCUAUGCCUUCUGUGAAUACGUUGACGUCAACAUCAGCGAUCAGGCUAUCGCUGGGCUCAAUGGCAUGCAGCUCGGGGACAAGAAACUCCUGGUCCAGAGAGCCAGUGUCGGAUCCAAGAACACUACCCUGACCGGGACCACCCUGGCACCAGUGACACUGCAGGUGCCCGGCCUGAUGAACAGCUCCAUGAACCAGAUGGGUGGCAUCCCCACCGAGGUGCUGUGUCUGAUGAACAUGGUGUCCCCCGAGGAGCUGCUGGAUGACGAGGAAUACGAGGAGAUCGUAGAGGACGUCAGGGACGAGUGCAGCAAAUACGGCCAAGUGAAGAGUAUCGAGAUCCCGCGGCCUGUCGACGGCCUCGAGGUGCCCGGGACUGGCAAGAUCUUUGUGGAGUUCAUGUCUGUGUUUGACUCUCAGAAAGCCAUGCAAGGCUUAACAGGCAGGAAAUUUGCCAACAGAGUAGUGGUGACCAAAUACUGCGACCCUGAUGCCUACCACCGCCGAGACUUUUGGUAGAAGACUUUUUGGACAGACUUGAUGGAGUAUAUGGCAUUUUCCGUUCCCUGUCCUUUCUGCGUGUGUGUGUUUUAGAUUUUUAGGGCUGUGAGAGGGAGUGAAACGUUUUUAGCAUAACUAGUACCCUGAUUGAUGUACCGUACACUCAACUUCAGUGCCGUUAUUAGUUUCUUCAACUUUUAACAAACCCCUUGCUCCAGGUGUGGUACUGUCAACUUUCAGCACCUUAGAGCGGACUCUGGAAACGAAUUAGGUCUGCUGUCAAAAAUAAACCGAAAUCCUGCUACACACUGAA